UGCCUCAUGGCCCGUGCUGUCCAAUCACUGCUUUAUUUGCAUGUUAUGUAAUUGGGUGACCUGCAUGUGUGGCUGGGGGGGAGGAAAUUAAAAGCAACGGUCUCCGUCCGAUCGCUCUUUCCAGGCAAGCAGAGGAGCAGCGGGUGUGCAGGCCGGGUGAGGUGUGAAGAUGAAGAUCGCAGUGAUCGGUCAGAGUCUGUUCGGCCAGGAGGUUUACAAAGAGCUGAGGAAGGAUGGCCACACCAUCGUAGGAGUCUUCACAAUCCCUGACAAGGAUGGCAAGGCUGACCCACUGGCAACUGAGGCGGAGAAGGAUGGUGUUGCCGUCUUCAAGUUCCCACGCUGGCGUGUGAAGGGCCAGGCCAUCCCAGAGGUGGUGGAUCAGUACAAGGCCACUGGUGCCGAGCUCAACGUCCUGCCCUUUUGCUCCCAGUUCAUCCCCAUGGAGGUUAUCGACCACCCCAAACACGGCUCCAUCAUCUACCACCCCUCCUUGCUGCCUCGCCACAGGGGAGCCUCUGCUAUCAACUGGACCCUGAUCCAUGGUGACAAAAAGGGUGGGUUCACAGUGUUCUGGGCUGAUGACGGACUGGACACCGGACCAAUCCUGCUGCAGAGGGAGUGUGAUGUUGAACCCAAUGACACCGUCAACACAAUUUACAAGAGAUUUCUCUAUCCAGAGGGAGUCAAAGGCACAGUGGAAGCAGUGAGGCUGAUUGCAGAAGGGAGGGCCCCGAGGAUCACCCAGCCACAGGAGGGAGCCACAUAUGAGUGCAUUCAGAAGAAAGACAAUUCUAAGAUUGACUGGAACCAGUCUGCUGAGGCUCUCCACAACUGGAUCCGCGGAAACGACAAAGUGCCCGGUGCCUGGGCAGAGGUUGAUGGACAGAAAGUGACUUUCUACGGCUCCACUCUGGUAGAUAACAGCACUCCAGCUAACGGUCAGCCCCUGGAGAUCCCCGGAGCCAGCCGACCCGGCAUCGUCACCAAGGCGGGCCUGGUGCUGUUUGGCAGCGACGGCAAGGCGCUGUUGGUGAAGAAUCUUCAGUUUGAGGAUGGAAAGAUGAUUGCUGCAGCACAGUACUUUCGCUCAGGGAGCAGUGCUGCUGUGGAGCUUACCGAGGAGGAGAAAGCCUUCGCUGAACAGAUGAGGGCAGUGUGGCAGAGCAUUCUGACUAAUGCCAGUCAGAUUGAAGACUCCACUGAUUUCUUCAAGUCUGGUGCAGCUUCCAUGGAUGUGGUCAGGCUCGUGGAGGAGGUGAAGCUUCGGGCCAGUAGCUGCCAGCUGCAGAACGAGGACGUCUACAUGAACACCACUUUCCAGGAUUUCAUCCAGAUGUGUGUCAGGAAGCUCCGAGGGGAAGACGAUGAAGAGGAACUGGUCGUUGACUAUGUGGAGAAGAACAUCAACAACAUGACCAUAAAGAUGCCCCAUCAGCUGUUCAUUAAUGGAGAGUUUGUUGAUGCAGAAGGAGGAAAGACCUACAAGACCAUCAACCCCACUGAUGGCACGGCUAUCUGUGACGUGUCUCUUGCCCAGAUAAGUGAUGUGGACAUGGCAGUGACUGCUGCUAAGGAGGCCUUUGAAGAGGGAGAGUGGGGCAAGAUGAACCCCAGAGACAGAGGCAGACUCAUCUACAAGCUGGCUGACCUGAUGGAGGAGCACCAGGAGGAGCUGGCCACCAUCGAAGCCAUCGACUCCGGAGCUGUUUACACUCUGGCCCUAAAGACUCAUGUUGGCAUGUCCAUCCAGACCUUCCGCUACUUCGCUGGGUGGUGUGACAAGAUCCAAGGCAGCACCAUCCCCAUCAACCAGGCCAGGCCCAAUCGUAACCUCACCUUCACCAAGAAGGAACCAAUAGGAGUGUGUGCUAUUGUGAUUCCCUGGAACUACCCUCUGAUGAUGCUGGCCUGGAAGACAGCAGCCUGCCUGGCAGCUGGAAACACAGUAGUCCUCAAACCUGCGCAGGUGACUCCUCUGACAGCACUGAAGUUUGCUGAGUUGGCAGCAAGGGCUGGACUGCCCAAAGGAGUGAUUAAUAUUCUGCCUGGAUCAGGUGCUCUGGUGGGUCAGCGUCUAUCUGAUCAUCCUGAUGUCCGUAAACUGGGCUUCACAGGUUCCACUGAAAUUGGUAAACACAUCAUGAAGAGCUGUGCAGUCAGUAACGUGAAGAAAGUUUCUCUGGAGCUCGGAGGAAAAUCCCCUCUCAUCAUCUUCAGUGACUGUGACAUGGAUAAGGCUGUGCGCAUGGGCAUGAGCUCAGUGUUCUUCAACAAGGGAGAGAACUGCAUCGCAGCUGGCAGACUGUUUGUGGAAGACACCAUUCAUGACCAGUUUGUGAAAAAAGUGGUUGAGGAAGUCAAGAAGAUGAGGAUCGGCGAUCCACUGGACCGCUCCACCGACCACGGCCCUCAGAACCACAAAGCCCACCUAGACAAACUGGUUGAGUAUUGUCAGACCGGCAUCAAGGAGGGAGCCACUCUGGUCUGUGGUGGCAAACAGGUGCAGCGACCAGGUUUUUUCUUUGAACCCACGGUGUUCACUGAUGUGCAAGACCACAUGUACAUUGCUAAAGAGGAGUCAUUCGGCCCUGUCAUGAUCACUUCCAAGUUCAGAGGCAGUGAAGUGGACGAUGUCCUGAGAAGGGCCAACGCUACAGAGUACGGCCUGGCGUCAGGUGUUUUCACGCGGGACAUCAGCAAAGCUCUGUACGUCAGUGAAAGGCUCAACGCCGGCACGGUUUUUGUCAACACCUACAACAAGACUGAUGUGGCCGCCCCUUUCGGAGGCUUCAAACAGUCUGGCUUUGGCAAAGACCUGGGACAAGAGGCUCUCAGCGAAUACCUGAAAACAAAGGCAGUGACCAUCGAGUAUUAAGUCAAAUCACAGGAGAAAGAAGCAGUGAGGCAUCAGCUCCCUGCAGCCAGAGGCAGCGAUGUGUGUGUGGACACUGACGGAGGAGAGACAUGGAGGGAUGCACAGGGUCAUGUGGAUGGUAGAGUGAUGUCAUCUCAACAAAAUCAACUCAGACCUGUAGUCGUGUCACAAGUAUUGUUCUCUUAUUAGUGACUACUGACUGUAGUACUGUAUGUGCCCUAACAUGCUGAUUGAUCAUACUAACGUUAAAUUUGUCUAACACAUGAAUGUUCAGUCCUCUCAAUAACACACCUCUGAGCCAUGUUGUAAUAAGUAUUGUCCUAAACUAUGCAAAUGAAGUAUGUUUCUAGGUAACCCAAGUGACUUCUGAGUAAUCAAUGUGAUUGAGUUACAAAAUAGGAAUAUUUUUAACAGAUUGUAUUCAUUUCUAAUAUGGCUUACAUUAGGUCAGAAAAGUCUUAAGAAAUGUAACAUUUCUAAUAGCAAUUUUUGUUUAUCAAUGAAAACUACUGAGCACCCCA